AGGCGCGGGGCGCGCGGGUGGUCCCUGCGCUACUCACUUCGCCGCCGCCGGUGCCUGGGCGCCUCAAGAUAAAGUCACCAUGAAGGCCCCUACCGUGCUUACCCCUGGCAUCCUUGUGCUUCUGGUCGCCUUGGUGCGGAAGAGUGAUGGGGAGUGCAAGGAGGCGCUAGUAAAGUCUGAGAUGAAUGUGAACAUGAAGUAUCAGCUUCCCAACUUCACUGCGGAAACGCCCAUCCAGAAUGUGGUUCUCCACAAGCAUCACAUCUACCUCGGUGCCAUUAACUACAUGUAUGUUUUAAGUGACAACGACCUGCAGAAGGUUGCUGAGUACAAGACGGGGCCCAUGCUGGAACACCCGGAGUGUCUCCCAUGUCAGGAUUGCAGCCACCGAGCCAAUGUUUCUGGUGGCGUUUGGAAAGAUAACAUCAACAUGGCUCUGCUUGUUGACACGUACUAUGACGAUCAGCUCAUUAGCUGUGGCAGCGUUCGCAGAGGGACCUGCCAGCGGCAUGUGCUUCCUGCCUACAACACUGCUGACAUCCAGUCCGAGGUACAUUGCAUGUACUCCCCACAGACAGAUGAAGGGUCCGGCCAGUGUCCUGACUGUGUGGUGAGUGCCCUGGGAACCAAGGUCCUGAUUUCUGAAAAGCGCCGGUUCGUCAACUUCUUCGUGGGCAAUACCAUCAAUUCUUCCUACCCUCCAGACUAUUCUUUGCAUUCGAUAUCGGUGAGAAGGUUAAAGGAAACUCAAGAUGGUUUUAAGUUUCUGACAGACCAGUCCUAUAUUGAUGUUCUCCCUGAAUUCCGAGAUUCUUACCCCAUCAAGUAUGUCCACGCCUUUGAAAGCAACCAUUUUAUUUACUUUUUGACAGUCCAACGGGAAACCCUCAAUGCUCAGUCUUUUCACACAAGAAUAAUCAGGUUCUGUUCGGUAGACUCUGGGUUGCAUUCCUACAUGGAAAUGCCUCUGGAGUGUAUUCUCACGGAAAAGAGAAGAAAGCGAUCCCCAAGGGAGGAAGUGUUUAAUAUUCUUCAAGCUGCCUAUGUCAGUAAGCCUGGGGCCCAUCUCGCUAGGCAGAUAGGCGCCAACCCGGAUGAUGACAUUCUCUAUGGAGUGUUUGCACAAAGCAAGCCGAAUCGCUCUGCCGUCUGUGCAUUCCCUAUCAAGUAUGUCAAUGAAUUCUUCAACAGGAUCGUCAACAAAAACAAUGUGAGAUGUCUUCAGCAUUUUUAUGGACCCAACCACGAACACUGCUUUAAUAGGGUAAGUCACACAGAUUCCCCACUUACAAAUGAUGAGGUAUAAAGCAGAAUGGGUAUCAGUCUAGAAAAGAAUACCAAUGCCUUCUGGGUGCUUGGUAAAUGGUCUUAAU